ACAGCCUGUGGAAGAUCAUCCUUCCCAAAACCCGCGUUGACAGCUUCAGGUGUGGCUCACACACUCAGCUUAAGCGUCCACGCGUGUAAAUCUACAUCUGUGACGCUACCGGAACCUGAGCAGGGGAGUAACAGCUGCAGCAUGUCCACUAAUGCAGGUCUUGCUGUGGGACUGGGACUUGGAGCCGUCCUUCUGACGCUUGACUCAGGUGCUUUCCACCUGAGGUGGGAGUUUACGGGGCUCCGCGGUGCAGCAGAGGGGAUUGUCCUCUGUAUCGCAGCCGGAGUCACCGUCCUCGCCCUGGGCUGGCUGUACCGGCUGCUCUUCUGCCCCCUGGAGCUGCUCCGGACCCCGGAAGAGGUGGGAUACAUCGCCGAGGAUGGGCGCACAAAGGCGCGGGCUGCGAACGAGGUGCGCCGCAGGCGGGAUGCCGGGGACCUACCGCCGGUGUACCCCAACGGCUGGUACCGGGUUCUGGACUCCCACAUGCUGGCCAGGGGAGAAGUCAAAAAUAUCUAUAUUCUAGGUCAACAGCUGGCAGUGUUUCGGGGCCACGAUGGGAUAGCCUAUGUGUUGGAUGCAUACUGCCCCCACCUGGGAGCCAAUCUGGCUGUGGGAGGACGUGUGGUAGGAAACUGCAUCGAAUGCCCUUUUCAUGGCUGGCAGUAUCGCGGAAGUGAUGGCAAAUGUGAGAAGAUUCCCUAUGCAGAAAAAGUGCCAGAGUUUGCCCAAAUGCGCCGCUGGCCCAGCUGUGAGGUAAACCAGCAGGUCCUGAUAUGGUUUCACUGUGAUGGAUCAGAACCACAGUGGAGCAUUCCGGAGCAACAGGAGCUCGCUAAUGGCCAGUGGGUCUAUAGAGGGAGAACUGAGCACUUUAUCAACUGUCACAUUCAGGAUAUUCCUGAAAACGGAGCAGACAUCGCUCACCUGGGUCACCUGCACACUCCGGGCAUCCCAAGCGGAGUGGAUCUGCGCUACACCAACAGCAAAACCUGGGAGUUUAUUAGACAUGACUGGAAGGUUGAAUGGGAACCAGAGCCAGAGCCCAACAGUCACUGCUCUCAGAUGCGGGUGAAUCAUUCACUCACCUUGUUUGGAUGCCACUGGCCUCUGCUGGAUCUGCAUGUUGUGGCCAGACAGGUGGGUCCAGGAGUGGUAUUUCUGCAGUUCGACCACAGUUUCCUGGGCCGGGGGAUAAUGAUGCACUGUGUGACACCCGUGGAGCCUCUGCUGCAGUGUGUAACUCACACCAUGUUCUAUCAGUCCAACAUCCCAGCUGUGGUGCCCAAGUUCAUUCUCAAAGGAGAAUCCAUUCAGUUUGAACGCGACGUGAUGAUCUGGAACAACAAGAAGUACAUCUCCAAGCCUCUGCUGGUGAAGGAAGACUCUGCUGUUCGGAAGCACCGCCGCUGGUUCAGCCAGUUCUACAGCGAGAACAGCCCGCGGCUGCAGUAUCAGCGGGAUACUUUGGACUUUUGACCCACCUCUGGAGGUCUUCAUUGGUCUGGAUUGAUGCAACCUCUCAGAGGAGGCAGACUGUGGAUGAUUUUUAUCAUGUUGAAAUGACGAAGCUAUGCAGGUUUUUUGACAGGAGGUGAUGUCCUUUGUUUUCGGCCACGCUGAUAAAAUAUCUUUCUAAGGUCAUGAAAACAGAUAAAGCUUUCCUUAUAGAGUCAAUUUAUUCCUUUAAUGUGAAACUUUACAAACUUCUACUGACAAUAAUCAUUAUGUAAUAAAGCGUAUUGCAGCUCAUAAAAUAUAAAAGAUUGUUUAAAAAGUAUGAAUUUGCAAUAACCUUAUUAUGGGAUGGUUUGAACUUUGUUCUGGAAGCUGUAGUAAAAAGUAUUUAUCUUCUGUUUUUACUUUUUUGUCACACUUAAACGUUUCAGACCAUUAAACAUUUUUCAAUAUCAGAUAGAGAUGAGCUGAAUAAAUACAAAAAGCAGUUGAAAAUUGCAUUUAUUAAGAGAAAAACACCCUAAGAAGAAUAAUGGUUCCCCUUUGAAAGAUUAUUUUUAGUUCAAUUCUACUAAUCACUGCCAGACUGUAGAAUCAAGUUACCACCUGAAAAGUACCUGUCUGACAACACGAAGUAGGCUAAAAGUUCUCAAAAGGUCUUUAGGUUAAAGUUACUUAGUUACUUUUUAUGAGCAGAUGAACGUCCCUCUCGUGCAAUGAGUACUACAUGGGUAAUACACUGACGAGAAAAGUAUCACUUAGAGCUACAUUCAGUAAAAAUAACUACAUUAUUCCUUUAUUAUUGCUACAGCUUUAACUAUAAUGUCCCUUUAUAUAUUCAAACAAUGUUAUUUUUAGUGGGACAUACAUUUCUUCUGACAGCUGCUGCAUUUGGGAUUCUCUGCAGCUGAUCAUCUCCUCCAUCUCAGCAUCCUUCUCUGUCGCACCAAAUCCUCUGCGUCCUUCACUACAUCUAUGAAACUUCUCUGUGCUUCUCUUCCCCAUAACCUGGCAGUUCGGAUCUUCAUCCCAUCCUUUGUCCAAUAAAUCCACUAUCCCUCAAAUUUAGUAGUUUUAAAUAACGGGAACCAAAGUGCCUGAAUCUGUUUUCAGCCAACAUGAAUUAUAACUACAAGUACCAGAUAAACUGCUAUUAUUUACAUUUAUUGCUAAAAUAUUAUUUAGCAUGUUUACAUGAUCGUAGUGUUGAACCGGAUACUGUCCACUUACUGACUCCUACCCACAGUAAUUGGAUGUGGACCUUGUUAUGCAAAUGAUGCCAUUUUUAGCUUUAGAUUCCAUCGCUUUAGGCAGACUAAGUUUACACUGUAUAAUAAAGGUGUUGCCUUUACUGUACUUAUGGCAAUGGCUUUCCUUCUUUUUCUUAAAGGUCAACUUCGGCUGCACUUGAUGAUUGAGCUUUUGCAAACUACUUAAAAAAAGUAAUUACAGGCAAACUGUACUUAAUUACAGUUACGCAAGUAAAUAUAAUUCAUUACUUUCCAACCCUGCUGGCUUUAGGACAUCUUUAGUACAAGUACAUUUUGUUGCUGCACUUUCCUGGAGGCCUUUCUAGUUCUUUUAUCUCUCAGCUGUUCGGUGACCCAGUAGCGCUGGUUCAUGUGUUUACAGGUCUACUCCGCGGCCGCGCUGGCCAGAUCUGCCUGACUGGAGGGAGGGGAGAUAGAGAAGCUGCUGAGGCAUUGUGGUGCUGCAAAACAAGAGCGUGCUGCAGGGCUGAGCACAACAGCACCUCCAAGGGCCGAGCCACCGGCCCACCGGGGACACUGGCUUCUAAUUUGGCAAAUCAUUCUUAUUGAAAAAGUGUACUUACCUUCUGAUCUUGCCUUGGUUCUUAAACGUAAAUAUCCACAUUGAACUGUCAUGUCACGACAUAAUUUUUAUUGCUUCCCUUCCUUUGUAUAUAGUUCAUUAGUUUUCUUUAUUCUUUCAUUUGGCUUGGUAGUUUAGUUGUUUCUAGCUUAGUAGAGUUUAUUAACUGAAAUAUGUUUAAUGUGAAGUUGAAUUGUUUCUUUUAAUAAAUUUGUAUAUUUUAAGAAGAAUUUGUUGUGAAUUUAUUCCAUAUGUGUGCAGAAUUAGCUGUUUUGAGAAUGCCAAUGCGCGAAUCACCCUUUCAUCUAUUGUCCUAAUACCACCGCCAUAUUGGGCUGCUAUAUUUACAGGACAAUACUUAACAGACCAAAAGUUAUUUAUUUAAAUAUUCAAUAACAUUAGUAUAUUUUUGCGCACCGGAGACCUUAAAGUGUGACAAAAAAGCAAAACUGAAAAAAGGGGGGCAAAUACUUCUUUACAACACAGUAUAGUACGUGAGUGAAUGAGGAGAACUCAUUCAUUUUUAUCAUAUGUGAACCACUAUAAUAACAAGAAUGGGAUUCAGAUGCUUUUAUUACUACGAAGGCAAGCCACAGAGAGGAAGUGGAUCAGAGAUGACUCUCCUUCUUUCUGCAGUAAUUAGGACACUAUGUUGUUUGAAAGAACGACACAAAAAGCCCUGUGGUAUAUUAGCCAGUACAUCCCUUGUUAUGCACUCAUGUCCUCUGUUGCUUCUGAAUAUUAAACUGUAUUUUUAUAACUCA